AGAGAGAGAGAGAGAGAGAGAUGACGUGCUCUCCCCUCACCUUUUUUUCUCUCAGUCUAUUCUUUCUGUCACUCGUAGAGGUUGAGCAACACUAACUGGCUGCUAUAUUAGUAGGGGACAAAGGGAGAAACAGUGGAGCCAACACUGCUGCAAAGACCUGCUAUACUAGAUCACUGGACUGCUGUAAAGACCUGCUAUACUAGAUCACUGGACUGCUGUAAAGACCUGCUAUACUAGAUCACUGGACUGCUGCAAAGACCUGCUAUACUAGAUCACUGGACUGCUGUAAAGACCUGCUAUACUAGAUCACUGGACUGCUGUAAAGACCUGCUAUACUAGAUCACUGGACUGCUGCAAAGACCUGCUAUACUAGAUCACUGGACUGCUGUAAAGACCUGCUAUACUAGAUCACUGGACUGCUGUAAAGACCUGCUAUACUAGAUCACUGGACUGCUGUAAAGACCUGCUAUACUAGAUCACUGGACUGCUGCAAAGACCUGCUAUACUAGAUCACUGGACUGCUGCAAAGACCUGCUAUACUAGAUCACUGGACUGCUGUAAAGACCUGCUAUACUAGAUCACUGGACUGCUGCAAAGACCUGCUAUACUAGAUCACUGGACUGCUGCAAAGACCUGCUAUACUAGAUCACUGGACUGCUGUAAAGACCUGCUAUACUAGAUCACUGGACUGCUGUAAAGACCUGCUAUACUAGAUCACUGGACUGCUGUAAAGACCUGCUAUACUAGAUCAAUGGACUGCUGUAAAGACCUGCUAUACUAGAUCAUUGGACUGCUGUAAAGACCUGCUAUACUAGAUCACUGGACUGCUGUAAAGACCUGCUAUACUAGAUCACUGGACUGCUGUAAAGACCUGCUAUACUAGAUCACUGGACUGCUGUAAAGACCUGCUAUACUAGAUCACUGGACUGCUGCAAAGACCUGCUAUACUAGAUCACUGGACUGCUGUAAAGACCUGCUAUACUAGAUCACUGGACUGCUGUAAAGACCUGCUAUACUAGAUCACUGGGCUGCUGUAAAGACCUGCUAUACUAGAUCACUGGACUGCUGCAAAGGCCUGCUACAUUAUACAAUAUCACUGGACUGCUGUAAAGAUCUGCUAUACUAGAUCACUGGACUGCUGCAAAGGCCUGCUACAUUAUACAAUAUCACUGGACUGCUGUAAAGAUCUGCUAUACUAGAUCACUGGACUGCUGCAAAGGCCUGCUACAUUAUACAAUAUCACUGGACUGCUGUAAAGAUCUGCUAUACUAGAUCAAUGUAAAUACCUGCUAUACAACCCUGGCUGUACUUUAGCUCUCUGUGUGAUCCAUAUCUGUUACUCAGGGCCACAUUCAGUAGCCACCAAAUGAGAGAAAAUGUUGUGAAUGGGAAGAGGUUCUAGCUGACCUGAAAAACUUGACCUUGUAGAGUUCUAGACCUGGACAUUCUGGAGUUCUAGACCUGGACAUUCUGGAGUUCUAGACCUGGACAUUCUGGAGUUCUAGACCUGGACAUUGUAGAGUUCUAGACCUGGACAUUGUAGAGUUCUAGACCUGGACAUUGUAGAGUUCUAGACCUGGACAUUGUAGAGUUCUAGACCUGGACAUUGUAGAGUUCUAGACCUGGACAUUGUAGAGUUCUAGACCUGGACAUUGUAGAGUUCUAGACCUGGACAUUGUAGAGUUCUAGACCUGGACAUUGUGGAGUUCUAGACCUGGUUCUAAACAUGGUAACAAUGGCCACUGACCAGGAUGUCGUCUCCUCCUGUGAGUGGGAGUGUGACAGGGUGUUGUACCUCCUGCCCUCCCUGCUGCUGUUCCUGCUCUACCUGGCUCUCCGCUGGCCCCCGGUACAGCGAAUGGCGAGGCUGGGGGUGAGGGCUGCCGCCUGGUGGCUGUGGGUGGCACUGUGCUGGGUCCUGGAGCUCCCCAUCCACCACCCUCACACAGAGCCAGGCUGGGGCAAGGAGAGGGCAGGAACACAGGAACCAGAGCAUGGAUCAUCCCCAGGCCUUGCCAUUGGACCGUCAACAGAGAAAAGCUGGGGUAGGGAGAGUGGAAUGGGCCUUGGCUUGGGAUCACAUCCAGCCCUCUCCCCAGCCCCAGGACCCACUCUAGCCUGUAAGCCCACAGCCCUGGCCCGGUUCCUGCUCCAGCACUGCUGUUCCCUGGCCAGACCCAGACUGGCCCCAUGGCCCAGGGGGGACCCCCACCUCCAGACCCUCUCAAGUUUUCUAUUGGGGGGCCUGACUGCAGGAGACCAGGGACAAGAGGUCAACUUUACCCGAGACCACCUUCUACUGAAGGACGGGGGGGUAGUGGCUCUGGACUGGGCUGUAGGCGUAGGUGGGGGAGAGGCAGUGGGAUGGGAGAGAGGGAAGGAGCACCAUCCUGGGGGGAAGGCAUUGGGCUGCCACACCUCCACACCUCCAAUCCUCCUCCUCAUCCCUCACUACUGGGGAGGAGUGACGCCCCACCUGAGAGGUCUGUGUAGAAUGGCUCUUCGUCAGGGUUUCUAUUCCCUCGUGUUUCACCGUAGGGGCACGGGGGGGUGCCCUCUCACCACGCCACGGCUGACUGAGUAUGGAGACUCUGUUGACCUGAUGCAGACAGUAGCAUAUGUGCGUAGCCGGCACCCGUCCUCUGUGCUGGUAGCGGUGAGCGAGGGUUCUGGUUCGGGCCUGCUGCUGUCCUACUUGGGAGAGUGUGGCUCCUCCUCUUACCUGACGGCUGCAGCCUGCAUCUCACCUGUCCUGCAGGGCCAACUGUGGUUUGACACGCCCCUGCCGCCACUCUACCGCUGGGCAGUGCUGAUCCAACGCAAACUGCAGCUCAGCAGGUAUGCCAGUGCCCUUAGUGGGGUGUUAGAUGUAGACAGGGCUCUCCACUGUUCCUCCCUCAGAGACUUUGAAGAGACCCUGUUCUGCUCUGCACUGCGACCCAAUAUCCCCCACCACCCAACCAGUCACACACCGACCCCAGGGGCCAGAACCGCCAGCGGGACACCAACCACCAAACCAGGGGCUACUGUACGCCCCCUGAACACCCCCCAUCUGACAGGACCCCACAACACCAAACUGGAGGCCAUGCCCGGUGCCAAAACAGUCUCCCCCACCCUUGCCUCCACUCCCAGGGUUCCAACCACCAGAGCAGGGGACACAGCACCCCACCAACACACCCCACACCACUCAACAGGACCCCUCCUCCCUGGGACCUCCACACACAUCCCUGGGGCCCCAGCCUCCACCUCUGGAGCCAGAUCAGGUACCAGAGGGGCCACUGCUCCCCCAGCCUCCCUUAGGGGAGCUGGGGUAGCAGGGGUAUCAGGGGUAGGUGGGGUGGCAUCCUGGGUGCUGGGGGAGCGGGGUUGUCCUGCCAGGGACUGGGAGAGUUACUGGGAGAGGAACGAACCUCUGAGGGACGCAGACGAGGUGGCGGUUCCCGUGCUCUGCCUCUGUAGCCGUGACGACCCCCUCCUGCCGCCCCCCUCCACCCUGCCCCUCGCCCUUUUCCAAAACAACCCUUAUUUCUUGCUGGCGCUCACGGAGACGGGUGGACACUGUGGGUUUGGACUGGAGGAGGGAGGACAGGGGGAGGGAGAGGUGGGAGGUAACUGGAGUAGUGUGUCUGUGUUGGAGUACUUCAGGGUGGUGGCUGAAUUUCUGAAGGGGGAGGAGAGGAAGGGGAUGAGGUGGGGGGGUGUAGGGGGAGUACGGGCAUGGGCAGGGGUGGGCAGAGGGGCAGUACCAUGCUACCCCCCCCAGAGGAAGAGGAGGGAGUCCAUGAUGAAGAGAGAGAGACCGAGCACACAGUCACACACACAGGAACACCUCAAUGAUGGAGGGGGAGGAGGGGAGGAGGGACAGUUUACCUGGCAGAGGUCCUACACACGUUGAGAAAGGAGGAGAGGAUGGAGAGAAGAUGGAAGAGUGAAGUAGGAGACACCCCAGAGAGCACUGAUGAAAGAGAGAAAAGGAGGAAGAUGAAGGGAGUACAGGGAAAUAACACAUUUUAAGACUGGAUUCAAUCCGAUCAGAGGUAGAUCCGCGUUAUAGCAAGCUUGACAUUUAAAGGUAAUUUCCGAUUGAGCUGACGUAUGCAGUGUUUACCGUGAAUUGGGUCUCCGCGAAGGCAGGAAAGUUGCCUUUAAAAUUUGCAUAGCUGACAAAAGCGCGAUCAAAUGUAAUCCUCUCGCCCUCCUUAGAUAUGGCUGAGGGUUGGACCACAGGGGGUUGGUGUCACCUUAAUUGGGGAGGACGGGGCUGGAGGUAAUGGCUGGAGCGGGAAAUGGUAUGAAAUACCUCAAACGUGUGGUUUCCAUGGUUUCCAUGGUUUCCUAGGUGUUUGAUGCCAUUCCAUUUACUCCGUUCCGGUCAUUAUUAUGAGCCCGUCCUCCCCUCAGCAGCCUCCCUUGGUUUGGACACGUGCUUUUCUACAAUGGACAAAUUCGAUUGGUCAACCAAAGUUGAAAGAGCACAGUGAAUCUGAAUGUCCCAUUUAAUCUCGAAACCCAGAACCAAGUCUUGCGUGUGUGUGGCUGUGCUGUCCAGCUACUUGGAGAACAGUCUUGUUUAUUGAAUGGGUUAUUGAGUGGUCUCCUCCUGAAUCAGUGUUACUCAGAACAGGAGAUGUGGGAUGCAUCCCCAUUGGCACUCUAUUCCCUAUAUAGUGCACUACUUUGGACCAAGGUGAUAUAUUCCUUUUAUAGAGAUCAUGGUGCCAUUUGGGAUGCAGAUGUGAUCUUCAGUCACAGCAGGAGGGAGGUGGGGGAUACAUGUCACUUUCAGGACCCAGCCUACCAAAAAACAAUUAAUGCAUUGAUCUAUCUGUGAUUCUAGCAGGCACUCUGUGAGCUUAGCUUUCAUAAGGAAACAGAUGGGACCGGGAAUGAUUCUAGCAUAGAUAUAGACAUAGAAUGGGUGGUAGAACUUAUCUAGUCCAGUGUCUUUAAAUGGGAAUUUCAGUUCUAUGGUUUUGUAUUUCUCUACAUAUAUUAAAGCUACAGUAGUAUUUAGUAUUUACUUGAGCCAUGUUUGCUCGUUAUUUGUGUUUAUGCUAUUCUGCAUCAAAUCAAACUUUGUCACGACGAAUAAAACAAGUGUAGACAUUA